UUACUACCUGGUGGUGUCUAACCUCUAUGACGGUAUUGGAAAAUAUUUGAGUGUUUAGUUACCAGUUUGUUCAAAUGGCGACUUCAGAUAACGAAGAAAAGAAGUUAUUAGAACUUUUUGAUGAAGGGUAUGAUUUGUUUAACUGUGUCUCACAUUGUGAUGAACCCACAAACAGUAUUGUUAUACAGAAUAAAAUCAAACAAGCUAUGCGGAUGCUGGAAGAAGCAACACGCCUCACAUCAAUGGGUGGAAUAUUCAGUUCUAAUGAAUCUGUUGAUGAAGUCGCCACUGAAAACCUUAGGUUAUUUUUAUUACCAGCUCUUCUGGGGACACUAGCAUUGAAGCUGACAGUUCGAUCGAGGAUUGAAGUUGUUGAAACAAGUGAUAUUUAUUUUCGGGAUUUUUUGCAAAGAUGUAAUGACUAUGGUAUAUCCAAUAUUGAUAUUCCCCCGCCUGUGUCCUUUGAGUCAGAAGAGGAGGAUAAAACUGCAAAUAAAAGGCCUAUGUUUGAUCUAGUUGGUGCUGCAAGAACUAGGGCUUCUAAAAUUCAGAGAUUCAAAGAAGAAAAAGCUCUUGAAGAAGAAUUAAGCACUUUAUCAAAAUUACUUAAAUCAGAUACUGUCGAUGAGGAAGUGAAAAGGGAUUACUAUUUAAAAUUAAUUAAAUCCUUUGUUUCAAAAGCUGAGGAAGAAUUAGAUUGUUUGCAGUCGGAAAAGAAAAUAUUAGCUCAUAUGAAAAGUGUGGCAAAGGAAGAUUCACUUUCAAAUUCAGAAGAAAGUAAAAAACGAAGACCCCCUGCUCCUAAACCACUGAUGCCAGUGAUUAUUACAAGGGAUGAGGUUCAAAAAGCAGUGUUUGGUGCUGGCUAUCCAAGUUUACCAACCAUGACUGUUCAAGAAUUCUAUGAUAAAAGGGUUCAAGAAGGAAUAUUUCCUGCUCAUCGCGAUCUACAGCAAGAAGUCAGAAAUUUGAAAGAAACCAGUACUGGUUCUAAGGAAGAGAUGGAAAAAGAACAGAGGGAAAUUCUGGUCGAACAAGAUGAUUCAGAUGAGAUUGCUCGACAAAGAGCAAUGGACGACUUUAAAGAUGAAAACAAAAGAGGUUGGGGGAAUAGAUAUAACAGAAGUUAAAAACCAUGCUUUGACCUCGAACCCUUCAUUGUAUAUAUUAUAAAUUAUAAAACAAAUAUAAUAUAAAAAUAAGCUUUAAUGAAACUAAUUUUUCUUUUUUAUAAAAAAAUAAGUUAAAAAAAUUCCCACCAAAAAGAAAAGUUUUUUAUUGCAUAUCGUGGAAAAUAAAAUCUGUGAAUGAUUCUUGACUUACUUUAGAGUGUAAAUAAAAUUUACAAUUAACAUUUAAGGAGUUCAGAAUAUUAGGGGUCGAAGUAAUAAAAUGUAAUAUUGAGUUAUUUUCAUUUAAAGUAUUGUUAUGCAAUAAUUAUUGUACUGUAAAAAGCAAGUUUAUUUUUCUUUGUCUGACAUUGUACCUAUAAUUUAAGAUUAAAUUAAAAAUUUUCUAAGAAUUAUUUUUAUUUACACGGCCUUAGCUAGGCACAGUGAUGUUAUAAUUAUAUUGAUAAAUAUUAAAUUUAGUUUUUGCCUAGUUAAAAACUUAUUUUAUACUUUGAUCUCUUUGCUACUGAAUAUAUAUUUACUCUUAAUUUUUCCACUUAAACCAAUUUUGAAAACAAAAAAAAACAUGGUCCUCUAAACUUCUGAAUCUUAUUGAACAUUGGUAUAAUUAAUUGUGUGGUGUGUUUUAGUUAUCCAUAUACAUACUUCUUGUAUUAUAACUAACUUAAAACUUUUUGUGUG